CUAAAACAGUUUAACAUUAUGCUGUCGUUAUUUACAGCGGUCAGGCUUAUCUCCACUGAACGCUUCCGACGCCUAGAGAUACGGAAUGCGUUAAUCUGUCAAACCUAAUUUUCCUAUGAAGUCGACUGGAAGUGUGACCAACUUUCAGAGGAACAAUUUACCUGUCUGUGAGCGACAAGGGAUUAAUUUAGUCUCACCGGAUCAUACGUUUUCUCUAAUCUCGGAGGAGGUACACGUUUACAUAAUUUUAUUUAGUUACACACAGGGAACAAGCAACAACUUUUACUAAACGGUAGAGAGCAAUAGUUCAAUAAGUUUUCCUCUAGGCUAUUUUAAGAAAGACAUUGAGAUUUACGUUAUUAUAACAAUCAGCAACUAUUUAAAGAAAAAAAAAUGACAACAGCCAAAGUCUUAAGUUAUUUCUUUGCGUGCUUAGUGGGACACUUUAUCUUUGCCUGCGCUCAAAUCAAAGAUUCCAGUCAGCGAAUGGAGUCUCACACCGUCAAGCCCGGUCCCGGCAAGAACAUCUUUACGACAUAUAACAUAUCCGUAGCCCGACGGUCAAGAGUCCUCCCGCCAAUGUGUACAGGGCCCACAGAAAUCAGAGAUACCUUUAAGUACAUCAACACAGUAGUUUCGUGCUUCGUGUUUGUGAUCGGAAUUAUUGGAAAUUCAACCCUGCUCCGGAUCAUUUACAAAAACAAGUGCAUGCGGAACGGGCCUAACAUCCUCAUUGCAAGUCUCGCGCUGGGAGACCUGUUGCAUAUUGUAAUAGAUAUUCCUAUCAGUACGUACAAGCUUCUGGCUGAAGAUUGGCCCUUUGGGGCUGGACUGUGUAAACUGGUACCUUUCAUUCAGAAGACAUCAGUUGGUAUCACAGUGUUGAGCUUAUGCGCAUUAAGCAUAGACAGGUACCGGGCUGUGGCAUCUUGGAGCCGGAUCAAAGGGAUCGGUGUGUCCAAGUGUACGGCCAUUGAGAUCAGCCUCAUCUGGGUGCUGUCCAUUGUACUGGCAGUGCCUGAGGCCAUUGCUUUUGACAUGAUCACCAUGGACUAUAAAGGCGACCACCUGAGGAUCUGUCUGCUGCACCCCAUGCAAAAGAGCCCUUUCAUGCAGUUUUAUAAGUCAGCAAAGUACUGGUGGCUGUUCUGCUUUUACUUUUGCAUGCCACUGGCCUGCACCACCAUUUUCUACUCCCUCAUGACGUGCGAAAUGCUGAGAAAAAACAAUGGGGUGAAGAUUGCUCUGAGUGACCACUUGAAACAGCGGCGUGAGGUGGCUAAGACUGUAUUCUGCCUGGUGCUAGUGUUUGCCCUGUGCUGGCUGCCUCUGCACCUGAGCCGCAUCCUCAAGCUGAAGAUUUAUAAUGAGGAAGACCCCAACCGCUGUGAGCUCCUGAGCUUCUUCCUGGUCCUUGACUAUAUUGGCAUCAAUAUGGCAUCAGCGAACUCGUGCAUCAACCCAAUAGCUUUAUAUAUGGUCAGCAAGCGCUUCAAGAGCUGCUUCCAGUCUUGCCUGUGCUGCUGGUGCCUGCCCCCCAAAGUGUUGGCUACAGACGAGAAGCAGUCCUGCAUGAAGCUGAAGGAUCAGAGCAGCAGCCGUCUCACGAACAAGUACACAUCCACGUGAGUACUGGCCUGGGAGCAGCUUGGCGCGCUCAGCCUGGGUUCCAAUAUUCGGGGUUUAAAACAUGUAGCUCUUUCAGCGUCAGUCAAGUCAGAGAACAUGCAGUGUUGAUACAGUGAGUUGUGCACUGACACUAGGGCCAGUGCCUUUCUUUCUGUUGAGCCACAGGAAGAGGCUGGCUAGUCUGCUCCUGACAGGAAUAUGACAACACAUGGAGAUGAUUGCUCCAAAUUGCAGACCAAAUCGUUGAUCCUUCAGAGUUCCUUCUGGCAUUGUCAGCUGAAUGAACCUUUUUAACAUUGGAGCAAAUGUCACAAAUUUCAUUUCCCUGUCAAAUUAUAUGGACAAAUUUGGACUUGUACUUACUUUUGGCUCACUAGGUGAAUUCUUUUCCACCUGUUUUUUUUUUUUUUUCCAACUGGGGGAGUGAAAGCCCUUAUUGUAUUGUGGUGAAAGUCAUAACUGAAUGCUUUUGUGUGCAUUAUGCUUUGUAGUCCAUAUAAAGCUCAAAAACCCAAAUGUAAUGAUUCAUUUAUGUUAAAUGUUUUACAUCCUCCCUUAAAAGAACUGGAGAAGUGUCUGCUUUGGGGAGAACUCAACAAAGCCUGGUUUGUUCUGAAGUCACUUAUCCAAAGAUGAUUCAAGAGUAUGUUGCAGGGGUUUAAGUCAGUGGCCUUAAUCAUUUAGCUCCUUUCUAACUACAUAAAACUAUUUACAGUUACUGAAUAUCCCAGAAAAUGAGAAUGGAAUUUGCUGAAGGGGCUGGAGUUACCACUAUAAAAUAAAUGGGAAGAGAUCAGGAUUUCCUAGAGUGUGGAUUUCUUGCAAAGCAAACCUCCAUUUCAAGUAAUAUAAACCUUUCACUCAUGGCAGUCAAUCAUGGGAAUGUCUGCAGUAUGCACACAUUUGUAUAUGGUACCAUGUACAUUGGUAUCAUUCUCCAGGGCAUAAUAAGCCUUACAUUCUUUUAGUGCUUAUGUGAUUUAUGUUUUAUUAUGUUACAUUAUGUUACAGUACUCUGAAUGUGUUGCCAAGUUUUUAACCUUUUUAGAACUUAGCAUUAUAAGUCACUAACAUGUACUAUAAGAAACAUGUAGAAAUUUGUCUUAGUGUGUGUUAAGUGUGCUGGACCCUUUUUUCCAUCUGGAAGGUGCCGGUAGACUGGUUAUGUCUAUCUGUUGCCUUCUAUGACUCUGAAUUUCAGAAUAGGCUGUUUGACUGCAUCCUGUUGUUAUAUUUUAUACAUUUUCCCACUAAUCUUUUCAGAGAAAUCUGUAUAUGUAUCUGGUUUGGCUAUACAUAUGUACUUACUGCUAUUAAGACAUACAAUUCCUAUGGUAUGCUAUUUUGUUUAUUACAUUAGCCAGUUGAACUAAACUGCUUCAUUUGUAUACAUGCAUACAUUGAGGCUUUAGAAAACACUCUUUGUGUUAGCUUGGUCAUAUGAUUUGUUAUGUUUUAUGUCAUAUAUUAUUUGUAUUUCAACUAUAUUGGAGUAUUUCAGUACUUAUGUGGUGAAGGUAUUGUACAUAUAACAUAUCUAUGAUAUAUAAACAAGCUGUUUUGUAACUAGAA